CCGAGGUUCCUAGCUACUAGACGCACAGAGAGCGCCGAGAGAAGCAAGAUGGCGGACGUGCUGGAUCUUCACGAGGCCGGGGGCGAGGAUUUCGCCAUGGAUGAGGAUGGUGACGAAAGCAUCCACAAACUAAAAGAAAAAGCGAAGAAACGGAAGGGCCGCGGUUUUGGUUCUGAAGAGGGGUCCCGAGCGCGGAUGCGGGAAGAUUAUGACAGUGUGGAGCAGGAUGGCGAUGAACCUGGACCACAGCGCUCUGUUGAAGGUUGGAUUCUCUUUGUCACUGGAGUCCACGAAGAAGCCACUGAAGAAGAUAUCCAUGACAAGUUCGCUGAAUAUGGGGAAAUAAAAAAUAUCCACCUGAAUUUGGACAGGCGCACGGGAUACUUGAAGGGGUAUACUCUAGUUGAGUAUGAAACAUACAAAGAAGCUCAGGCUGCCAUGGAGGGACUAAAUGGUCAAGAUUUGAUGGGACAGCCAAUCAGUGUUGACUGGUGUUUUGUUCGUGGUCCACCAAAGGGCAAGAGGAGAGGUGGCCGAAGACGAAGCAGGAGUCCAGACCGAAGACGCCGAUGAGAUACUUAAUAAAUCCUCUGUUGACCAGGUGGUCUCCAUGAGUCUAUUUGGUUAUGCUGCCUUGGAUAAACAGGGCUAGGAUGGACUUUGUGUUUAUAUUUAAUUUCUUACCCUACUUGGUAAUUUUGAGUUUAAGAAAAAAAUAAAUGUCAUUUUGUUUUCUACAUUUAAAACUGUGUUUGACUGUUCUGGAAAUUCUAAACAACCUCAGUGAGGCCUUCUGAGUGGUUGUGAAGCUACUUCUGUGUGGCGUGGCCUUCUGAGUUUCUAGAAAGGCUCACAGAGACUGCUCAGCAUUUCUUUAGAGCAUGAGAGUGAGCAGGUGUAAUGGGUUUUUCUUGUGGUGUUCAGUGAAUUUUACACUCUUGUGAGCAGAUGCUAUGUCAGUGUCUUGUGUAGCCCAGGCUGGCUUUGAACUCACUGUAUUGUAAAGAACUUUGAUUCUUGCCUCUUACCUCCCAAGUGCUAACAUUGCACCCAUGGGCCAUCAUACCCAGUUUAUGUGGUCUCCGGAAUUAAAACAUGGAGCUCUGAGAUGCUCAGCCAGCUCUACUUUGAAUAUGGUGCUAAACUGUGAAGUUUGUUAGUUCCUACAACAUAAAAACCCAGCUUAAGUACUACUAGACCAAUAUGCACACCUUUAAUUCCAGCACUUGGGAGGCAGGUGGAUCUCUUGAGUUAGGGGCAACCUGGUCUACACAAGAGUUCUAAGACAGCCAGGGCUACAAAGACAUUGCUAUUCCUUUAUUAUAUAUAGUUUUUAGCUGGGAUGUUUUUUUAGGUGUGUCUGUUGUAACUGAUUUGUUGUCUGUGUGGGUCCCUAUGUGGCCCACACUGGCCUCAAACUGAUGCUCCUAUCUCUGUCUUCCCAAUGCAUAAUGGCAAAUAUUAAACAUAACUUUUUCUCAGUUGG